CGACCAAGCGGCACAAGGCCCACGCCUCAGACCGCGCAGCCACUGUGGACCCCUUAUCAUCAGGGUGUACUGUUUGGACAGACAUCAACAUGGUAAAUGUAAAUAUGAACCCUGCAGCUGCAGAUGAGGAUGUUGUCAUAUCUGGCUUCAGUGGCCGGUUUCCAAUGUCUGACAAUAUUGAUGAGCUUCGAGAGAAUUUGUUCAGCAUGGCAGACCUGGUGCAACCAAUGAAAGACAAUAAAUGGAAAAAUGGGAAACUACAUGUACCAUUACGUGUGGGGCAGAUAAGCAAGAAGUACAAGUUUGAUGCUGGCUACUUUGGCAUUCACCACAAACAUAGCACAUCUCUUGAUGUUAUGACUCGCCUCAUUUUGGAGAGGUCAUAUGAAGCUAUUGUUGAUGCUGGUUUAAAUCCCAGUGAUCUGCACAAAAGCAAUACAACGGUACUGACUAGUGCCAGUAUCAGUGAAUCAGAAAACACAUGGUUGUACAGCAACUACCACAGUGGUUUAGAGUUUCUGGGGCACAGUCGUGCAAUGCUGGCCAACAGAUUAUCCUUCUGGCUUAACAUAAAUGCUUCAAGUUAUGCGUUAACAUCAAUGGAGACUGGUGGGUUGGAAGCCAUCACAAUAGCAUAUGAAGGAAUAAAGAAUGGUCAUUUUGAUGCAGCACUUGUAGGGUCAGUCAGCCUUGUGCUGUUGCCCGAACUGUCAUACCAUUAUAAAGAACUUGGACUUCUCUCUCCAGAUGGGAAGACCAAAUCAUUUGACGCGGCAGCUGAUGGCUAUGCCCGGAGUGAUGGUGUGGUUGUGAUGCUACUCCAGAAGGCAAAGUCUGCUAAGCGUAUAUAUGCAAGAGUGGUGCACUCUGCAGUGGAGAUAUGUGGGGAUAGGACGAUGCCCCUCAUUACACCAACACGAGAAUCUUUCAUCAGUCUACUGGAGCGUUUCUAUGAGACCUGUGGUGUUGACCCCACUUCAUUGCAAUUUCUAGAAGCUGAUGGUAGUGGCACUAAGACUGGAGAUGAGGAGGAGCUAAAUGCGGUGGAUAGGGUCCUUCUCCGCAACCGUAAAUCUCCUCUUCUCAUUGGCUCAGUCAAAUCCAAUCUGGGGCAUGCAAAUGCAGCAUCAAACUUCUUUGCAAUUGCUAAGGUGCUGAUAGCGAUGCAGACAGGUCAGAUCCCACCCAACAUCCAUUACAAGCAGCCCUUGCCUACUGUUCCAGCACUUGUAAAGAACAGACUUAAGGUUGUAACAGAAUCAACACCGUGGGAUGGUAGUUUGGCAGCUGUAAAUGCAGUUGGUAUGACUGGAGUAUGUGGACACUUGCUGCUCAAGUCCUGCGAACCUCAUACACUAAAGAAGAAAGACUAUGAGGGAAUCCCAAGACUUGUGGUAGUCUCUGGGAGGACACAGGAGGGAAUGGAAGAAUUGAUCCGUAAAUUGGAGUCAAUGCCGCUGGAUGUGGAAUUCAUCAGGUUGAUGCAUGAUGUCCAUUCAUCCAAUAUAAGCAACCAUAUGUUUCGUGGUUAUACCAUUCUUCCAGUGGGUGAGAAGCCAUUCCAUGAUAUUCAGCAUGUGGAUAGUAUAAAACGCCCCAUCUGGUUUGUGUUCUCUGGCAUGGGAAGUCAGUGGCCAGGGAUGGGUCGUGACCUCUUGAAGCUACCAGUAUAUGCUGCCACCAUAGAGAAGUGUCAUACUCUUCUCAAAGAGAAGGGACUGGAUCUGAAACACAUAAUUACAACUGAUGAUCCAUCUGUAUUUGACACCAUUCUGCACUGCUUUGUUGGUAUUGCAGCAGUUCAGCUGGCACUGGUGGAUGCCCUCUCAGCUCUAGGGAUUGUACCUGAUGGAAUGAUUGGACACUCAGUGGGGGAGUUGGGCUGUGCUUAUGCAGAUGGAUGUUUUACUCUGGAGGAAAUGUUGCUUGCUGCAUACUACCGAGGCAUGGCUUCUAUAGAAUCUGAUCUUAUCACAGGAUACAUGGCUGCAAUUGGUCUGGGUGAAAAGCAGGUGAAGAACAUUUUGCCUCCAGAGAUUGAUGUAGCAUGCCACAACAGUGAGCGUAGCUGCACUAUCUCUGGACCUGUGGAGCCUGUGAAAAGAUUUGUGACCCAGCUUAAAGAGCAAGGCGUUUUUGCUCGUGUAGUCAAUGUUGCUAACAUUGCAUAUCACAGUCGUUACAUACAACCUGCUGCACCUGCUCUGUUAAAAUCCCUACAGAAGAUUAUCCAAAUUCCGAAACCUCGGUCAGCCCGUUGGAUAUGCUCAUCUGUGCCAGAGGAGCAGUGGAACACACCAUUAGCACGCUACUGUUCAGCAGAAUACCACACCAACAAUCUACUGAGCCCCGUGUUGUUUGAGCAGGCCAGCAGACACAUUCCAGAAAAUGCCAUUGUCAUCGAAGUGGCGCCUCAUGGUCUUUUGCAGGCAAUCCUGCAUCGCUCCCUCAGUCCUCAAUGUACAAACAUUGCCCUGACCCAGCGUGCAAAUCCACAGGGACUCCAUUUCUUUCUGUCAGCUAUCGGCAGAAUCUACAUGGCAGGACCCAUACCUCAAGUGUCCAAGUUAUAUCCAGCAGUGCAGUUCCCAGUACGUAGAGGAACUCCAUCCAUAUCACCACUUGUCACUUGGGACCACACUGAGAACUGGCAUGUUAUAGAUGAUAUCACUCUUGUUGACUCAUGCUCUGGGGAAGCUGAUGUAACUGUGAGCCUCAGCCGUGCAGAUGUACGCGUGUAUGCUGGGAACGUCAUUAAUGGACGAGUCUUGUAUCCUACUUUUGCAUAUCUGAAAGUUGUGUGGGAGACCUUGGCAGUGUUGCAAGACAUAUCACAUACCAACUUGCCUGUUGUGUUUGAAAAUGUAAGGCUACUCCAGCCACUGGAGAUUCCUGAGCAAGGUUCAUUUCAUCUCUACGUAAUGGUUCAGCGAGGAAGUGGUGAAUUUGAGAUUUGCAAGGAUCACACAGUCCUUGUAACAGGGAGAGUUAGAGCACCCAAGAACAUUGGACAAGAGUAUGUCAGAAAGUUGCCAACACCAGAUGGAAGUGGAAGCAUUGCUGUGGGUGGGGAGGAGGUAUAUGCAGAGCUGGAGCAGAGAGGCUACCAAUAUGCUGGUCUCUUCAAGGGAAUUUUGGAGGCUAGACUUUCCAACCAAGGCUCUGUGGCCAAAGUACAAAUGUCAGACAACUGGGUUGCUUUUGGGGAAGCUUUGCUCCAGCUGGCGAUGCUGCAGUCUGCAGAACAAUACCAGAAUCUGCACCUGCCCAGCACCCUGCAGAAGGUCAUCAUCAACCCACUGGAACACCAUUCUGAAACACAAGAGUUGGAAGCAGUGUAUCACCGUUCUGUGGGUGUGGUGCGAUGUGGUGGCUUUGAAGUGCAGAACAUAAAAACAAUUCCUCUGGAUCUGCCUUCUUUCUGUCAGCUGAAUUUUAAAUUGGAAACAGUUAAGUUCUUGCAACACAUCAAUCCAGAUGUCCAGAACAUGCAACAAUUUGUGGAGAUGUGUCUGCAACUGGUAGUAGAGAACUGCUACCAGGCAGAUAGAAAUGCAAACAUGACAGUAAUUGAGAUCAUCAGUCAUCAUGAACCAGAAACCCUUGCCCCUCACCUGAGGACUGUUUUGUCUUGUUACUCGCAGUCUACGCUGAAGAGAGUUGCUGCUGAUGAUUGCCAGCAAAUCUUUGCUGAGGAAAGAUCUUGUUGCCAUUUGGUAGUUGUGACAAACAAGAAUGUUCUGGAAAAGUGUCUCACAUUGCUGGAACAUGGUUUCCUGCUGGCCAUUAUGGGUGAAAAUGAGAUGUGGCAGCUUGAAGGCCAUCUUGUUACUGUGGCAGAAUGUUCUUCUGCCGGAAAGAAACUCAUACUCCUCAGGAAGUUAUAUGAACCAAAGAGACAGGCAGUCCAAGUGAUGCAUCCAACUGGAGAUGUUCUUUCAUGGCUGGAGCAGGUGAGAGUAGCUGGACCUAGCAACAGGCUGUAUCUUGUGGCAACGGUUAGUCAGUGUGGAAUAGGCAUGUUGCCAACAUUUGUGAGACAGCUGGUGGCAGAUCCAUUGCUUGCUCAUGUCAGAUGUUUCUUCUUGUCAGACAAGACUGCCCCAUCAUUUUCUGUGGACGAAAGUCCUUAUAGACAACAGCUGUGCCAGGAUCUUGUUACAAAUGUGUAUCACGGUGGAGCUUGGGGUGGUUUCCACAGUGUUUCUGUGGUAUAUGCUGACAUUCCACGUACAUUGACAGUUGACUCACACUUGCUAUCAGUACAGUGUAUUGAAGAUGUGAAGGUUCAGUACCUGGGACUUAAUCUGAAAAGCAUUGAUCUUGAGGAGAGAGAUGAGUUACUGCAAACUGACAGACAUGCCAAUUUGCUGGAGUUCUCUGGCAGGUCCACAGAUGGACAAGAACUGAUGGGAGUUGCUCGAAUAUCUGAGCACACUCUGACAAAGGAACAACAUCUCACCUGGAAUGUUCCUCACAGCUGGAGCCUGCAGCAGGCUGCCACAGUCCCUCUGGCUUACUCUACGGCUUAUUAUUCGCUGUUUCUGGUAGCCAGAAUGAAGCAAGGGCAGAGGGUGUUGGUCCAUGCAGGCUGGACGAGCACUGGACAGGCUGCAAUAGCUCUGGCUAUUGACUAUGGCUGUACUGUUUUCACUACAGUUGCCAACGAGGAAGAAAGAGCAUUCAUCAGAUGUCGAUUCCCACAAUUGCUGGAUGAAUAUAUCUUGGAUUUAGAACAUUUUGAAGUUUCAUUGCUAAUCAAAACCAAAGGAAAACGUUGUCAUGUGAUACUGAACACUGUAAGUGGUCCUGACAUUUGUAGUACUAUUCGCUGUCUUGCUAGACAUGGUCGCUUCAUACAGCUUGCUCAAGCAGAUCUAACCAGAAACAAGGGUGUAGGGAUGGAGAUAUUUCUAAAGGACACAGCUAUUUUUGGAGUUGUAACAAGCAGCCUAUUUAAUAUGCCAUCUGAAUGGAAGAAAGCUCUGCACUUUGCUGUUCAGGGUGGGAUAGAGAAAGGAGUGGUACAGCCCUUCAAGUGUGCAGCGUUCCCUAGACAACAGGCACAACAAGCAUUCAGAACCUUGUCAGAUGUCCAUCAUAUCGGCAAGGUGUUGCUGACGUUGUCUGCAGACGGUCACUCUAAGAUGCAGCAGUUCAGGUUCAGAUGUGACCUAAAGAGCUCCUAUCUAGUGGCUGGAGGGAAGGCCGAACAGUGUGUGGAUGUUGCGGAAUGGUUAGUAUUGCAUGGAGCUUGUCAGGUGGUGAUUGCAUUGUGCUCUAAAUCAGUGUCAAACCAGGUGACACGACGAAUCGGCCUGCUGCGGUCAUGUCACAAUGCUCACGUGGUGCUAGUGUCUACUCCUGCAGCUACUACAGUCACCAGUGCUACCAACCUGCUACAUGUAGCUACCUUAGCUGUAGGAGGGAAAUUAGGUGCUAUCUUCAUUUUGCCUGCUGAGCUGACAGAUCAUGAGAAUGGCAUCACAGCAUCUGCAGUGUUACAUCUGGAUGCUGCAUCUCGUAGCAUCAAGACAUUACGCCACUUUGUGUGUUUGCUGUCAGAGGCAAGCUGGUGGACUUGUGAAGCAAGGCAUCGUGAAGGAUUGCCAGCUCUUUCAGUGCACUGGCCACACAGCAAAAGGAAAGGAUUCAACUUUCGGAAUUCACUGCAGAUACUGGACACGCUGCUCACGACAGAGAAUCAGGACCAGAUUGUGAUAGUGACUGAGGAGAAGUGUGAUGGUGAUAGGAGCAAAGGUCUUUCAGUAACUUCUGUGGACGCAUUCUUGCCAACCUCCUUAAAUGAACUGGCAGCAUUUGGUGAAGACCUGUUAACAUGUUCUUCAUGCUGUCUUGAGGAGCUGCCAUCACUGAGUCCUGGAAAGGCUUUUGUUAAGGAAGUCCCAUCAGUGUUCAUUAUUCCUGGGCUUCAGGGCCCUCCGGCUGAGGUGCUAAAACCUCUGGCAAGACAGAUCAUGUUUCCAACACUCUAUGCCAAAUUACCUCAAACCAUUGGUUCUUUAGCUGAGACUGCUAGCAUAUUAGUUAAGCAAGUCCAAGCAGCUCAGACAAAGGGCCCAUACAACUUAGUGGGUGUGUCAUGGGGUGGUGUCCUCACUCUAGAAUUGGCAAAGAUAUUGGAAGAACAGGGAGCAAAGACUCGAGUGGUGCUACUAGAUGGAGCACUAGAGACGACACGCAGCAUGGUAGAACUUCUCAACCAUGGGGCAAGACUAGAUGCAAACCUCAUUUGUAGGUUAUUGCAAAUAAACAACACCAAGUUGCAUGAGGAACUGCUGGAGCUGCCAGACUGGUCAUCUCGACUGAGUCGUGCUAUGUUAGAGCUACCUCACAAGAUGCAAAGUAGGGAGGAGCAUCUUAGAAUUGCAUUUACAGCGUUGGCAGACCGAAUCUCUUCUAUACUUCAGUACCAACAUUCAGAAACUCUGCUGUCUGGGGAAGUAACCUUGGUACGACCCACCAGUGAAAGUGAAGAUAACUGCGGUCUCACUAAGGUUUUCAAACAGACAGUCAAUAUCUGGAUGGUUGAAGGCAAUCAUAAAACCAUUCUCUACAAUCGUGAAACAGGAAAGAUCAUCAAUAGUUUUGUUACGUAGCAUGUAGGAGCAACAAGGUUACCGCUCAAGUCACCUUCCACUGUGAAGUAAUAGCACAUAUGUCAGCUCUUAAAUAUAUCAUAUUUUCGUAGCUCAUGGAUUGAAAUACAAACUUGAUUUAAGCUAAUUUCUUACAUAAUAGGCAAGUGCAACAAAUCUGAUUGCUUUUAGUACAGUUUUAAUUUACUGUCCUUCCCGAGAUUUGAUUAAUGCUGGUAACUGUAUGAAACACUGUCUGUUACUAAUUACAGUCAUUAUGAUCUGUCGCACUAAGUCACAUUCAUGAGUGUAGUGUUCAUGUGUCGGCUUGCUUGAUUAUUUUAAAAAUUAAUUUUGUUAUUUUAAUUGCAUAACCUUUGUUGCAUGCAUAUGCCAUGGUUUCAUUUAUGACCGUGUAUCAUGGAACAUGAAGUAUGAUGAUACUCAGCUUCCAACAAUUUUCGUAACCUCUGCCUCAGAAUUUGACUAACACUUUUGAACUCACACUGCACUAGUCAAAUCUAUGUGCAGCAUUCUGUGUGUGAGGUCUGUACACAGGUAGGCUAAUGAACUUCUUUCUUCGUACCAUGAAUAAGCUGCUUUCCAUGCUAUAUCCAGGAUUUCUUUUUAGUUAGUGAGGAAGAUUUAAAAAAUCAAGCAAACAAAUUUGAAUUCCAAAUGUCUGAUUUUAAGUGGCCAUUGCAAGUCCUGAAAGCUAUAUUUAAUUAAGAUUAUAGGCAGAAGUGUCCGAAAAUAUUUUGAUCAAUUUCAGAGGGUUCAGACUAGGGGUUCUCAGAUCUAGGACCUCAUUCACCCUUGUUUAUAAACUCUCAGGCCGCAAGAUCAUAAAUAAGGAGGAUUAAUUGAGACUUUGUUGUGGCAUAAAAUUUGAUAGCAGUAUAUUCAAAAUAUUGACUGUCGCAAACAGGCUUACAAAUUACUUAGUAACUUUCUUUAACAAAAUCAGUUUUUGGUAAGGUAUAACAGUAGCGUUACUUGAAUAUUCUUUCAGUAUCAGGUUUUACUUCUGUUAUGAUUCUCAUGCAUCCAUCCAAGUAUUUAUCAGUAAAAUACAUCCUGGUUCUUUAUUUGACAUUUUUCAGUCACACGAUCAUUUUCUCACAUUUGAUGUGUAAUGCCAGAUUCUGGCAAAAUUAAUAAAAUGUGUUUCUUGAAA